UAUAUAUACAUAUAUACAUAUAUAUAUAUAGAUAGCUUAAAUAUUAUAAAAAGAUAAAAGAGAAGACAGACUCAAAGACAUGCUCAGUUCUACCAUUUGGUUUCUUAUUAGCAACAAUCUCUUCCUCUUGCUCUUCUCCAAAUUGAUCACUCUCCUCUUGCCUCCUCGAUCCAACGGCUAGAGUGCAUACUAGAAUCAGCUCUCUCAUCUCAUCAUCGUCAAUAAUAUUUGUGAUCUUGUUAGGGCGAUCGUCAUCAGGGUAAUAUUAGCAAUUUGAUGGGAUUGAGUUCUAAGCAGGUGGUAAUCAGUAGGGACGGUCUUGAUUGGAGUCAAACUUUGCUGCAUGAUCAGAGCUUGGAGCAUCAUCAUCACAAACCUCCAUCAUCAUCAUCAUCGUCAUGGAAAAUGAGGCGAAAUCAGCAACAGAAUCAGAAUCAAUCAGAGCCGUUGAAGUGCCCAAGGUGUGAGUCCACCAACACAAAGUUCUGCUACUACAACAACUACAACAAGUCCCAGCCCAGGCAUUUCUGCAGGGCUUGCAAGAGGCAUUGGACUAAAGGCGGAACCCUCCGCAACGUCCCCGUCGGCGGCGGCCGCAAGAAUAAUAAGCGGCCUAAUAAGAAAUCAUCAGCCUCCUCUGCCGCCGCCACCGCCACCGCCACCAGCACCAUGUUUCAGGCUAAGCAGCCGAUCGUCCUGGAGAACAAUAUCAGUAGUGUUCUCCCUAACAAUAAUCUUCUACUUGGUGAUCAUCAUCAAGAUCAUGAGAAAAGUACAUCCGAAAUUCUCUCUCAGGCGGUACUAAUUCACCCACAGAGUUUGAAUAUCAUGUCAGAUUUCGACAAUGAAAGCUUGAUCUCAACCAAAACUGAUCCUACAAAGCCCUUCUUCAGCAAUCCAAGCCUGCACGCGAAUUUUCCUCCAAAUCAAGGCCUGCAGUUUCAGGCCUUCUCCUCGAGCACAUCGAGCCCUUUCGAGUCGAGCCUUUCUUCGAUCUCGAACUCAUUUCAGGCUUCGAAUUUCGUUUGCGAUUAUGGUGACGAUCAGAUGAAACUCAUGGGAGAUCAGGCAACGAUUACCAGCAGCUGUACGGUCCAGCCGCCAUGGCAAGUGCCGCCAGCCACAAGCAAUGGAAUGGACUUACCAAACUACUGGAAUUGGGACGACAUAGACACUCUUGUCUCUGUUGAUCAUAUCAAUCUGCCUUGGGAUGAUGCUCAUGACUUCAAACCAUGAUCAAAGAUUAAUGUUCUUUCUUUCUUUUUUUUCUUUCUUGGAAUUAUAUUAACACUAAUUAUCAGUGUCUAUAGAUUUGUUUUCUUUUUGAAUAUUUGGCGUGUUUGUAUACUGGUAAAUUAAUAUAGUAGUAUUGUUUUUGAUU